AUGCCGCCUCUGUUCCUGCUCUUGCUAUUCUUACGUCGCAAGCAGAUCAGAGUGUCUGCCCUUGGCAUCAUCAUAAGGCACCUUGAUCGUGUUGCGCAUUCGGCAUCGAUAAGCUGGUCCGCACUUAAGAUCAUCACGGUUCGUCUACUCCGCCAUGCGCGCGAACUCUGGCCUGAGUCCAUGCCAUGGAUCGCAUCCUUCUUUGUUACUGAAGCAAGCCGCUUACACGACGAUACGCCUGGAUCCGAUUCUAUGUCACCUCGUAGACUUUCAGACUUAACUCAGUUCUGCAACAAUCUUCUUUUGUUACUAUCCCUGCCGGCAAGUUCUCGACCUGUGGUGGCCGCUGUCCACCAAGAAAAGGCUCAGUUCCAGAUCCUUCAAUACAUGGCCAGUAGGACGCCUGCAAUAGUAGUGACACGUCUCGGCUUCCGAUCCGUAACGCGCAAUCAGCUUGCUCAUGCCAAGACACCUCAAGAAAGAGAAUGGGCUGAGCUCAAAGGGCCUGCCUGGCCUCCAUGGAAGGAGAAUCGUACAGCAAUGGAUGAAGAUAAAGGCUACGAGUUUGGUGCUUCACGAGCUUCCCGGCUCUUGCACCGUAUGUACGAAGCCGGAUAUAGCGGUCGACUGUGGGAAGAUAUAGCACAAGUAUAUGCUGGUUGGGACACAGACUCUAGUCCAACAAUACAGACUCGAACGUCUUUACCACAUUUCUCCUCGCAACACAACGACGCUAAACAACUUCGUCCUCUACUCUGGGCUGGCCGCAUACGAGCGACACGUACGCGUAGGGAAGCCUGGGCAUGCUUCCUUUCACAAGAGCUAUCUGGACAACCUGCUCAUCCCGCGAUAUAUCUCGCAAUGUUUGAAAAGUUGUGUCAUGCUACAGCAGAAAGGUCGACACGCCCAGAGUUCUCAUCUGAUGCAGACGGCACUCCAGAAGAAGACAAUUCCUAUUUGUUACCUGGAGAUAUGAAAGAAGUCUUACCAGACCCGCUGUCUACGUUACACUACGUAUACCUUAGUGAACCUAUUCCCGGGUACCGAGAGCUACUUCGACGGAUGCAGACCAAACAGGUCAAGCCUAAAAAUCGCCUACUUGCCUUUCUCUUGGAGACGUGUCCCGAUUUCGAUAUGGGUCUAGAUCUACUGGCCAUGGCUAAGAACAGCUUCAAGGGCGGGAUAGGCCAAAUCCUUGACGGAACCCACAAUCAAGGUAUUACAGACCAGCCGAUCCCGGGUUAUCUCCUCAAGGCGAUCGUUAUAUUCUUAUGUCGCUAUGGCCGCAUCGAACAUUCACUUCCUAGGGAAAUCGAGUUCCUACCCCCGGAACAGCAUGCUCUUCAUCUCAGGUCGAACCGACAAUACUUUGUCGAAUAUGCGUACAUGCUUCUUAGACAUCAUCGACCGGUUUACCGACCGGCUUGGGCUGUCAUCAUAGAGAAGCUGGCACGGCAGAAAGGUUUUAUGCAAAUUGAGAGUGUUGCUCGGUAUAGACUCAUUUGUGACAUCCUUGAGCAGAUGGAACAGAUCGAUCUCGAUGUUGACGACGAAGUUUUCCGUCUAGUCUGUACCGCGACCCUGUAUGCUGCUCAGGCCGUCCACCAAGGCUUCACUUCUAUUGAAGAUACGCGGCAUGUCCUCUCCACUAGUUCCCCUCGCCUUCGAACGCUCUUCAAUACCUUAGUCGGUGCCAAUGCCGACAUGCAAUCACCUACGAGUCUUCAAACUGGUAACGUCGUUCCGCCACAUAUUCCAGGAUCUGCGGAGCUGCAUGCCUAUGUACGAGCACUAGGUAUUCUCCGGGAUUACGAAGGCCUUUACUCCUUCACUACCUGGCUCACCAAACAUCAUGCCGAAGUGACUGCACGCACAGAAGCACAGCGCUCAGGCAGGAGCGUUCUAUUCAGGACACUCGUGGCAUUGCGAUUAGCUGUCGAUGGUGGGGGUUCUGAGUCAGGGAACGACUACACAUCCGGCGCACCAGAAGACAUAGCACUUCUGAUCAAGACACAAAUCGAGAGUGUCGAACAGUGGGGUGGCUGGCCUGCACAGGAAUAUGUCGACAUGUAUAUCAAAGGGCAUCUGAAAUCGGGACAUCCUAGCGUUGGAGGACGCUAA